CUGAAGAGAAAUCAGGAAAACACCGAACUGCCUUCGCUACUUUAAUUAGAGAUUUUUUCUCUGCGUUUUCUUUUCCACCUCUCCCCAAAAAUUGCUUGUAAGCCGAAGAUGGAGGAACAGCUUCAAAACUCUCCAAAACUAGGUUCUCCCACUGAAAAUGAUGAUCUGAAGUACGUCUCCGGGCUUAGUACCAUACUGGUUGCCACAAUUCAGGAAGCAAAAGACAGAAUCUCUCAAAUUGAAUACAUAUUCUGCAGUCAGCUCUACCCAAAUUUCCAAUCAAAAACUAAACUCAUGCAGAAAGUUUCUGAGGCCAGGAGAGCAGCAGAUAUUGAAUGGAAAGAGAAGGAGAGUGAUCUCUUAUUCCAAAUAGAAAGACUCAACCUUGAAAAGCAACAAACACUUGAGGAGAACCAGUCUCUGAAGCUUGAGAAAGCAAGGAGUGCAAAGGAACUAGGAGACAAGAAUUGUGAAUUACUAGCCAGAUUAGAAAGUAAGCAACAUAAAGUCGAAAAGCUGGAAUUGAACCUUCGACAGAAGUCCAAGGAAAUUGAUGAGGGAAUGAAAUUGCGAAAUAGCUUACUCGAGUUGAUUCAUUUGAAAGCCUCUGAGACUGUCAACAAAGAAAAACAACUGAAAGAGUAUGAAGAAAAGACGGAUGUUCUUCUUUCAGAACUGCAUCACCUGGAGAAAAAGGUUGAUGAGCUCCAAGAGGAGCUCAGAGAAAAGAUUGGAGAAGUAGACAAAGGAAAUGAAAUAAAAGCAAACUUAUUCAAGAAGAUUGAAUCACUGGCUUUAGAGAUAAUGAAUUUGCGUGAUCAAGAAACGGAGAAAAAAGUACUUGCAGGUAAGCUGGAACGUUUGGAAGGAGCAGUUUGUAAUCUCCAAAAAGAACUCGAGGAAAAGCCUGAAGAAGUUGAGGGAAGGAGGCCGCAACACCAUUUACAUCAGAAAACAAAUUCUAAUCGGUUUGAAAGGUUGAAGACAUUGGAGGAGAGCGAGAAAGAGAAAAAACUGCUUCCGGAGAAAAUAAACGGCUUGGAGGAGAAAGUUAAUGAACUUCAGGCGGAUCUCAGAAGCAGGAAAAAUGAGAUGACUAAAGCAAGCGAUUUGUACAAGAAGUCACUUGAACAGAUUGAAUUAAAAACAUCUGAGUUACUAGUCGAGAAGAAGAAAAGGAGGGAUGUCAUUAAUGCUUACAAAACGCUUAAAUCACAAUACAAUUAUCUGUGUGGAAAGUUGGGUUUUACUAAGGAAAGUAUGCUCUCCCCACAGGAAUUACAAGAUGAACCUGAUUCUUUAAAUCAUAGUUGGAAUCAAAUAACUUCGCCGGAUCUUGAAGGCAAAUGUGAAGACACUUCUCUAACUGCAUGUGACGGCGACAAAGUGAAGAAAAUCACUACUGACAAUGAUUUGGAGCAAAAGAAUGGGAAUGAGGUAGUUCAAGACUCGAGCUCCCUUUCUCCGACUUAUAGUUUUCCUAUUGCGCCCAAGUGUCCUUCCACUUUGAAAUCUGCUCCACUAGUCGGUACAAAGCGGCCUGCAUCUUGCUGGAGAGCUACCAGGUCUCACCAAGGCCAAAAUGGGCAUGACCCGCAUGAUGAUUUUCUUGGCACUCCAUUGGAAAACAUCAGAGGAAACAUGAAUAAAACGAUCAGAGAAGAAUCUCGCGAUAUUCCAGUCCCAGUUCCUAAAGAUGUGAAUGUUGAUAGUUCAGAUGAUGAGACGCAGGAUGUGAGUGCUAAUCAAAAUCGACAAAAGCGUCACACGCCUGUUCGCAGUAUCGGAGGAGAAAAAGGUUUCAAAUUUGUGGAGCCUGUAAGAAAGAAAGCUGAGCGGGAGAAUUUGAAAGGAGUUGAAUGCAGGCAGUGUAAGAAGUUCUACGAUGCUGUUCUUUGCGGGGAUGAAGGUAAGGAUGGUAAUAAUAUCCGCUGUGAACACCAUGAAGGCGUUUCUAGGCAUCGGUAUAGGUAUGCUCCUCCUAUGACUCCCGAAGGAUUUUGGAAUAUCGGAUUUGAAUCAGAAAUUUAGGGUCCGUUUGGUUCAUGGAUUCAAAUCAUGUGAUUAGAAUUAU